AUUUGCAUAACGCAGUCUGAAUGGCCGACGAAUCCGUCACUGCCUGAAAAGUUUAACAUUUCUCAACUUUUUGACUCUGGCCAAGGAGCCGACAGGACGGACGGACCCAAAUUGCAUUUCGCGAGCACCCCAUGUAAAGUCAAUGAGAUCCGUCGACGGACGGAGGUAACACGUUCUGUCUGGGAAGGGGGCGCUAGCCACCUGCUCUUCUGGGCCCCUGAUGCUCCACCUGGUGUUAAACCACAAGAAGAUUGUGGAGAUGACUGUGGACUUUCGGAGAAGUCCCCCCCCCUCACCAUCCAAUAUAAAACCAUAGAGUUUGGGCCUUCCCCCGCCCUCUCACGGAACCAUAGCGUGGGUUUGAGCAUUAUAUUCUGCUCUUGGAUGCAGAUGCUUCAUUCAUCCCAGAAGAACCUCCUGACUCUGCAGAACCAUGGGGUACAGUAGGCUCGUCUUCAGUGUCAUUGGUCUGGUUGUCCACCUGUGGGACUUUUCAGCUGCAACCCGCAUUAACUUGGCAUUAAGCGGCACAGCCCUUCAGUCUUCAACCGCCCAGGGUGGGGAGGCUGAACACGCCAUAGAUGGGAACAGCUCCCCCGAAUGGACUCACCAAAGCUGCACCCAUACGCAAGAGGAAAAACCGUGGUGGAGGCUCCAGCUGCCCGGUGUGUACAGGGUGUCGGAGAUCGAGGUCACUAAUAGGAAUGAAAGUAGAAAUAGGCUCAACGGCGUGGAAAUACUCAUCGGGAAUUCACUGGUGAACAACGGCAACGACAACCCAAGGUGUGCCAUCAUAUAUGAUGUCCCAGGCAGUGUAACUCAGACUGUCCAGUGCAGGGGAAUGGAAGGAAGGUUUAUCAACUUCUACCUGUCCUGUGCAACUGCAGCAGUUAUCAGCUUGUGCGAGGUCAAGGUGUAUGGAGAGUUGUUGCCUCCCCCACCGUCUAUCACCAUCCAGGCAGAGGAGAGGAACGUCACACUGGUGGGGAAGCGGCUGUGCUGGUCAGAUGCCCUGUUCUACUGCAGAGCCUACUACUCAGACCUGCUGAGCAUCAGGGGUCCAGAAGACCAGGAGAUGGUUGAUGAGCUGGUGGCUAGCGCCCCCUUCCCACUAACCAGACAACUCUGGGUGGGCCUGCGCAGGUCGAUUACAGGGACCUGGUUCUGGAUGUCACGUGACCCAAUGGACUUCACCCAAUGGGACACAGUCUCACCGCAUUCCAGCCCCUGUGGGGGCGUGUCCAGUUUGGAACCUUUCACAUGGAGGCAAAGCUCUUGUGAAGAACAUCUUGAUUUCAUCUGCGUUACAGGUCCGACAGAGGGAGUGAACAAGGUGCACUUCUACAGUUCCACAAGAGAGAAACAAACUCAAUGUGUAUAGUUUGUCCUCCCUGGGGAAUACCGCUCCUGAUUCCCAAGUAGUCCUAAGUAGUGAACUUUCUGAAUGCUAUAGCUUAGAGCUUGUCUGUGGUAGUUCUACUUUUUGUUAAAAUGAGCAUUGUUUACAAACUCUCAUAAGAUGUCUAUCCUUGGUAGUGCCGUAAUAGCUUGAUAUUGUUACAAUGAAAAAUAACAGCCCUCAUUUUGUGCUAGCAUAGCGUAGGAUACAUUUACUUUAGUAUAUAAUCAAUUCACUUCAUUUUAAGCAGAGGUAGUUUUGACAUUGAUCUUUCAGUCGAAAUGUUGAGAUGAGUACAGGAAGAUAUCAAAGGACAAUAAAAAUUGCUUUUAUUAUGGAAGUAAAUCUGUGUCAUCGUAUUUUGAAAAUA